GACGUCCGGCUCCAUCGUUAGGAUCAGAUCACCUAAGAAACACGCGAACAAAAAAAUUUCAAUCCCCAAAAUACCCUCGUAUUAAUCUCAAAUCUACAUGUAACGUUUCUCACUUUGUCUUGUAAUUUCAUCCAAAACACAGGACCAAUUAAGCCCGUCCAUUCCAGGAUUAUCUAUUUAUGGCUUAGCCCCCCAUUUGCCAUUUUCUAGCUCUUUUUAAAAAAUUUUGCCCUUUUUUCCCAAACAAUUUAAAAAAAAAAAAAUCAAAUUUCGAAGCUUUCUGAGAAUUGUGACGACGCGGGAUUGUUGCAUCACCAAUCAUAGUAAGGAAAAAAAACAAGAACAACGUUGAAAAUUCAAAGGAAAAUAUUUUGAACAAUCUUAGAAUUUUUUUGCCCAAUUUUUAAAUCUGUAAGUUGAAUGACUUUGAAUGCUAUAUUAUUUUUGAUGUCACAAUUUUGAAUUAAAAAGUUUGAUUCUUUAAUCUGCAAUUGUCGUUAUUUAAAUGCAUUUCUAUCUCUUUGUGUUGUCAAUCUUGUUUGACUACUUUAAUUGUACCAUCAACGUUUAUUUUUUGUUUGGUUGUUGAGAAAAUGGGAGGAAAAGUAAUUCGUGUUUCUGGUGUUUCUAAAGGUUAAUUUUUUCUUCUUUCAUAAGAAAUAUAUAUUUUAACAUUCCAUAUUGGGUCUAUGUAAUAUUCGUUAAACUGGGAUUUCAAGAUUUGGUAGGAAAGUGUUAGCUGAAAGAUUCCGGGGCUUGCUUUCCUUUUUUUUUUCCUUUUCUUUUAUUAUUUGCUUGAUGAUCAGAAGGGAACGUUUUAAGGUUUUAUAUUUGCUUCGUUUAAUUUUGAAUUGAAUGCAGAUACCUGAAGGUAAAGGAUCAAUAACGUUGAGAAGAAUCGAAGAGUUUUGAAUCUUUAUAUUAAUUUGUUGGAUUCUUUUUGGAUAGAAAAUAAAGAAUCUGAAAAAGGGUUUGUGUCAUUUUUGCCUUAAAUUUUUGUUUAUCUGAUAAAGGCUUAGUUUUGACAAAUGAAUGUGGUUGGCAAAGUUGGGAGUUUAAUUUCACAAGGUGUUUAUUCUGUUGCUACUCCUUUCCAUCCUUUUGGUGGGGCUGUUGAUGUGAUUGUUGUUCAGCAACAAGAUGGGACUUUUCGAAGCACACCUUGGUAUGUUCGGUUUGGGAAGUUUCAGGGUGUUUUGAAAGGGGCUGAGAAGGUUGUCCGUAUAACUGUUAAUGGCAUUGAAGCGGAUUUCCAUAUGUGUCUUGAUAACUCUGGGGAGGCAUAUUUUGUAAGGGAGGUUGACUCUGGUAAAGGAAUUGAGACAAAUGGAGAUUUGAAAGAUUCGGAUGGUGAAUUCAUACAGGAUGACGGCAAUAAAAAAAUUGCUGAAUUUUGUAGACUUGAACAUAGUGUCUCAGAUUCUGGGGUGGCUCAGUUGAGGAACGAAUAUGAUGCCACAAGUCCAAAACGGCUUGAAAGGACGGAAUCGGAUACUAGGUUCUACGAAUUUCAAGAUGAGCAGUCCUCUCUAGAGGGUUCCGUUAAUUUGUCAGAAUUUGGGUCUGGCCGAUAUGAGGGUUUAGAUGGUGGUGAGUGUUUUGGUGAAGCACAAGUUUCAGAUUCAGAAGUUGUCUUGGUCAGUGUGGAUGGCCAUAUACUUACUGCCCCUGUCUCAGCAUCAGAACAGGAUGCUGAAAAUGUGCAACUAAGCACACCUCAGUUCCAUCUAGGACCAGUUGAAGGACCUGACUUUUGUGAGGGUAACGAGGAGUAUAGUUCAGGUGGCAAUGUGUGGGCUGCUGACUAUAUUAGUAAGCUCAGUUCAGCAGCAGCUAAGGAUUCCUCUCAUGAUGUUUGCAAUGUGAACAGUGAUUCUACUGCUUUGGGACGCCAUCCAGAAACUUCUGAAGGGGGGAAACAUGCUUGUCAAACUGAAGAAACUCAAGACCUUUCUAACCAUGAAAGUAAAUGUAACAGGCAAAAUGAUGUUGAAGAUGCAUCUGUGCAUAAUAAGAAUGGGGAUAUUUUUAAGAGCUGUCUUGAACUAUCUGAAUUGGGCAGACAUGGCGAAAACACUAAAUCUGAAGAAAUAGAUAGCCAGUUAGAAUCUCAGGUUUCACAAGAUAAACCUUCUUGCAGCCCUCCAGACAAUGAAACUGAAGAUGAGGCUGUUGGUGACUCCAGAAAUAAAGAUUUGUUCUCUUCCUCUUGUAGUCCCAAUUCUUCCAACAAUAAUUUAUCUCAUGAUUUACCAGUUCAGGGUGAACCAGUUGAAAAGAAAGCAUUGGAAUCAGAUUAUAUGUGUUCUAACAAUGUGUCUGUUGAUUCUGUUGGUAACGACCCUGACAGGAAGGAUGAACAGUUUGAAACAUCAGCAGCAACUGAAGAGAUAACUUGCAGUCCACAAAGUCCUGCACCUGAGGAUAAGAGUAGCAAAAGUGAGAUUGUGGAAACUGAAACAACUUCUGAUAAAGAGACAGAAACUAAUGCUAACCAGGUUCCAGGGUUUGAGAUCUCACUCUGUGGAAAUGAACUUCAUGCGGGUAUGGGAUUAGAUGCUGCAGCAGUAGUCUUUGAAGCACACCGUAUUUCAGAGGAGGAAUAUAAAAAUAAUGCAAUGUCAAUUAUUAAGAAUGCAAACCUUAUUGUCCGGUUUGGAGAGAGGUACUUGCCAUGGGAAAAAGCUGCUCCUAUUAUUCUUGGAAUGGCUGCAUUUGGUUUAGAAUUAGCUGUUGAAUCCCAAGAUGCAAUCCCUGUUGAACAGUAUGAGUCAUCAAACCCAAAGGAUGAUGACUCUGUUGUCACUUCCACAGCCUCUGGCCGCAGAUGGAGCCUCUGGCCUAUUCCCUUUAGAAGGGUCAAAACACUUGAGCACAGCAGCAGCAAUUCAUCUAGUGAUGAGAUAUUUGUUGAUACUGAAUCUGGUAUGCCAAAUUCACAAACAGAUUCAACUCCAGCAUCCGGUGGAAAGAUUGAAUCUCCCCGCAAGCAAUUUAUUAGGACAAAUGUUCCCACUAAUGAGCAGAUAGCUUCCUUGAAUCUGAAAGAUGGUCAAAAUAUGAUUACUUUCAGUUUCUCCACCAGGGUCCUGGGAACACAACAGGUUGAUGCUCAUCUUUACUUGUGGAAGUGGAAUGCAAAGAUUGUAAUCUCAGAUGUUGAUGGAACUAUUACCAAGUCUGACGUUUUAGGCCAGUUUAUGCCUUUAGUUGGAAGGGAUUGGACACAAUCUGGCGUAGCUAAACUUUUCUCUGCUAUUAAGGAGAAUGGAUAUCAACUGUUAUUUCUCAGUGCACGUGCAAUUGUUCAGGCAUAUCUAACCAGAAAUUUUUUACUCAACCUGAAACAGGAUGGAAAAGCUUUACCCAAUGGACCUGUUGUUAUUUCUCCUGACGGUUUGUUUCCCUCAUUGUACCGUGAAGUGAUAAGAAGAGCACCUCAUGAAUUCAAAAUAGCAUGUUUAGAGGAUAUCAAGAGGCUUUUCCCUUCCGAUCACAAUCCGUUUUAUGCAGGCUUUGGAAACAGAGACACAGAUGAGCUCAGUUAUAGAAAAAUUGGGAUUCCAAAGGGCAAGAUAUUUAUUAUUAACCCAAAGGGUGAGGUGGCUAUUAGUCAUUUUAUUGAUGUGAGGUCAUACACGUCGCUGCAUACUCUUGUUAAUGACAUGUUUCCACCAACCUCAUUGGUUGAGCAGGAAGAUUUUAACUCAUGGAAUUUUUGGAAAAUGCCGUUGCCGGAUAUCGAGUGAGACAGUUGGUGGCUUAAAGGAUACAGUUUCCUUCUACCGACGAGAUGAUCAGUAUCAUAAAAGUGCCCCAUAUAGAACAGAUUAUUAUGACAUUCUUCAACUUUUAACCUUGCUUCCAGCCUUCCACUUGCAAUUGUAUUCAUUGGUGACCUUCAAAUGGUCAUGUCGGGAUUCGUCUUGUAAUGAAUGGAUAGUUACAAGUGAAUAAAAUCAAAGUAAUUGCUUCCCAUUCUGUAUGUACCUGUAGAUAUAAAAACAUAGUUUGUUGAUUUAUAUGAUUUUAUAAAGUGCAAUUGAACACAUUCUAUAUAAUAGCUUG